AGGACAAGAGUGAGGGUGUUAUAAGAGGAGGGGUGAAGAUAGACAAGAAAACAUAAUCUAGCAUCUAAAACCAUUAUGGAAUCAGUAAUUUACUACAAUUUAACUUGGAAUAUAUACGAUAACUUUGGAGCACCGGUGCCUGCAGCAAAUCCACUUUUAGCACUUUUUAAUACCUGUAAUGUUCUCCUGGAGGAGUGAUUGUUAUACUUUCAGAAAAAGAAAAAAAAAGAAGAAUUUAAUUUUUUAUGUGUUUAUUUUUUUUUUUUUACAUAUAUGGAGCAGGUAAAGUUCAACUGACAGCUUUUAACAGCUUAACUAUUCUAAACCCCACAAACAGAGAGAGUGGAUCAUGGGGAGUCCACAUAUGAGAACACCUGAGGCCAUCUCUAAAUGGAGGAAGCUGUGAAGGAAUAAUGGCUGACCAGACUGGCUCCAUGAUAGCAUCUGCACCAGAUGAUUUAGGUCCAAAUAUCACCACUGACCUGUGGAGGCCUGAUCCAACGGUUCCUGCCGAUGUGGGCGUCGUCACAAGCUCUCAGUCGCAAAUCAAAGACAUAUUCGGGCUGUUCUGCAUGGUGACCCUGAACCUCAUCGCUUUGUUGGCAAAUGCUGGAGUCAUUGUGGCUAUAGCUCGUGCUCCUCACCUGAAAAGGUUUGCGUUUGUGUGUCACCUCUGUGCAGUGGACGUGUUGUGUGCCGUUCUCCUCAUGCCUCUUGGAAUCAUAUCCAGCUCACCAUUCUUUGGCACUGUGGCGUUCACUGUUCUGGAGUGUCAGGUUUACAUUUUCCUGAAUGUUUUCCUUAUUUGUCUGUCCAUUCUCACCAUCACUGCCAUUAGCGUGGAGCGUUACUUCUACAUUGUACACCCAAUGCGUUAUGAAGUCAAGAUGACCAUCAAUAUUGCUAUUGGCGUCAUGCUUCUUAUCUGGGUGAAGUCCCUUCUCUUAGCUUUGGUUACACUGUUUGGGUGGCCAGCUUAUGGUCCUCAGAGCUCCAUCGCAGCAUCCCACUGUUCUCUUCAUGCGAGCCACAGUCGCCUGAGGCCAGUGUUUGCUGUGCUCUUCACUGUGGUUUGUUUCCUGGCUCCUGCAUUGGUUAUCUUCACUGUUUAUUGUGGUGUGUAUAGAGUAGCUCGUUCUGCAGCUUUGCAGCGAGUCCCUGCAAUACCUACAUGGACGAAUGCAAGCCCUGGCAAGGAUCGCUCAGACUCUAUCAACAGCCAGACUACCAUGAUCACCACUGCCCGCACUCUGCCCCAGAGACUCUCUCCAGAGAGGGCCUUCAGCGGAGGCAAAGCUGCCCUUACAUUGGUAUUCAUCGUGGGCCAGUUCUUAGUUUGUUGGUUGCCCUACUUCAUCUUCCACCUGCAAAUGUCUCUGACAGGCUCCAUGCAGAGCCCAGGGGACUUGGAGGAGACAGUGAACUGGCUCGCCUACACCUCUUUUGCAGUUAACCCGUUCUUCUACGGCCUCUUGAACAGACAAAUCAGAGACGAGUUGGUGAAAUUUCGACGUUGCUGCCUGACCCAGCCUGUGGAGAUUGGGGCAUCCAGCCAUGAGGGUUCAUUUCAGGAAAACUUCCUUCAGUUUAUUCAUAGAACCAGCAGCGCUGCUGAAACUCAUUCAAGCUCUACUAACUCCAGCCCCAGAAAUACAAUGGACCGGGCAAAUGAGAUCCCUGGACAAAUACCUGAGCAGAAUGCUUAGGCUAUGAAUACCAAUGACGGACUGCUCUGUUAAUAUGCAGACUGAAUCAUUUUUAAUGUGUGUGGGCAGUAAAGAAGCAUAUGUAAUAAAUGAUGCAUUUUACAUGGUGUAUAUUUAUUUUCCAACAAUUGACCUAAUUUUGAUGAUGUUUAUAGAAAAUCUUUCAUAAAAGUGUAAGUCUAGGCUGUAACUGCAAUAACAAAGCCUUGUUUGUAUGGAUAUUAUUGCAUUCAGAUUACUUGAACUUGUACUUCAUGUGACUAUGAGUUGACUCCGCUAUUAUUUUUCAUG